CUCACGACGCCGGGUAUUUUCAUGCUGAGAUGGCCCCAAUUGAGGUGAAAACAAAGAAGGGGAAAGAAAACCUGCAAAAGGAUGAGCACCCCAAACCUCAGACCACUCUGGAACAACUGGCAAAACUCCCCACUAUCUUCAAGAAGGAUGGGACAGUCACUGCUGGGAAUGCUUCAGGGGUGUGUGAUGGGGCUGGUGCUGUCAUCAUUGCCAGUGAGUCAGCCCUCAAGAAGCACAACCUCACUCCUCUGGCCAGGGUCGUGGCCUAUCACUCAGCUGGAUGUGACCCUUCCAUCAUGGGCAUUGGCCCAGUCCCUGCAAUUACUGAGGUUCUGAAGAAAGCAGGUUUGACCCUGAAGGACAUGGAUUUGGUAGAGGUGAACGAGGCCUUUGCCCCUCAGUAUUUAGCUGUGGAGAAAGCUUUGGGCCUGGACCCUGAGAAGACCAACGUCAACGGCGGCGCCAUCGCCAUCGGUCACCCCCUGGGGGCCUCAGGCUCCAGGAUCACAGCUCAUCUGGUGCACGAGUUAAGGCGCCGUGGUGGGAAAUACGCCGUGGGCUCGGCGUGCAUCGGCGGCGGGCAGGGCAUCGCCCUCCUCCUGGAGAACACAGCCUGA